UGUGUGUGUCCUCGGUGUGUGUUAUCUUGUGUGUGUUCUCCGUGUGUUCACCUGCCGCACGUCGUUGUUCCACGGGAGGAUCCACGUGAACUCACCGGGAGUUGACGGGUCGAACUCCUCGCGUGUUUCCGGACAGACUCGGGACCGUCUCCGGGGACAUGGGGGGUGAGACCGGGUGAGACGCUCGGUGAGGACUACACGCAAGCUCCGGUAGUUAGCGACAUGUCUGUCUAACGUCAAACUGGGAAAAAAGCACGUCCCGGAAAAGACGUAAACAAAAGUCUCUCACGUUCAUUCCCUGGUCGCUGGUUUCCCGUUAGCUGGGCUGUGGUGUGGCUCCGUGGACUGGUCAGUGAAGUGAAGGACAACAUGUCGUUAAACUCCUGGAGACAUCACAGAGACUCUGUCCUGACAGCCUGAGACAGUUGUAUGUGAUUCCAUGCUCCUUAAUGCCUUUGUUGGCAUCUAAUGGAAGAAAAAGCAUCGAUCAGGUCCACCAUGGUAUCUAGACUGCCCAAGUUUGGUGGGCGCUCAUCGACUAACGGUGCUAAUCCCUUGUCCAAUGGUUCUACCCAGCCAACAACCCCUACCCAGUAUGGUAAGAGCACUCCCCCAGCAACACAGCCAAACAGUCUGGUCCGUGCAUCAGCUUUUUCCUUGAAAUGGAAGAGAGACGAUGCGCUGCCCAUUCACAGCUCCACCAGCUCUGGGGACGGAGAUGAAGACAAGACUCAGAUACAGCGUCCCUCGUUAGCAAAAGGUGUAAAGAGCGGGACUCCGGGGACACCCAAGAUUCGAAGGUCAGGUACUUUGGUGGUUGCUGUGUCUAGCCCCAAGGCAAUUCCCAAGCAUUCCUCUAAGAUGAGUCCAAAAGUAGGAACCAAGCUAGGCCAAAGCCCAAUAAACGGAGGUCUUAAAAACGGUCACACUGGCUCCAGCAUUCCAGGGUCCGAUUCUCGCCUUGUGCGGCCUAGGUUAGGCUCUAGCACUCCCAGAAGCAGCUCUCAAGACAGCCUGUCCCAGUCCAGUGAAAGCCUUAAUACCGUGGCACUGGACAACAUGGUGCGCUCAAAUAGCUUCACUCACUUCAAGCAGAUUCCCUCUCCUACGACCCAAUCAAUGACACGGUCCUUCUCCUUUAACCGAGCUGUGGAGCUAGCCAAGCCUCUGGCCAACACUCAGCUCCGGCCUCCUCGCAGUACUUUCCUCAAACCCCCUCAGCUGAGCAAUGGAAGAGUUGGUUUAGGACUUGGAGGCCUGAAUGGUAGCCUGGGAGUUUCAGGGAGUCUAGAUGGAGGACUUCAGUACAGCAGAAACUCUCCCGCUGCCUCCUCUCUGCCUACCUUGUCUAUCCCGUCAGCACCCAAUACUCCCAGUGCUCUGAAGAAGCCUCUGUUCCCCAGUUGUGUGCUGACCAAGUCACUGGGCAGCAGCAUCGGGGCUCUGGGCUUCAAGCUGGCUCGAUCUGGGCAGGCCAAGCAACAUAAGCCUCUUUUUCAAGGUAAAGUCAAGGGGGAUAUCAGAACUUCAGUUGCCUCUGAGUGUGAAGAGUCAUUGGGCAUACAGCCCCAUGGUGAGGCUGAAGGAGCAGACUCUCACACUGACAGUGAUGGAAGCUCUGGAGAUGGAGGGGCCAACGGAGCAGGAAAUGGUGUGGUCAUGCAAAGCUUGUGCCAGGCUGCAGGGGAGACUCUGGAGGACAUGUCCUUAUCUUCCGCCUCAUCUCUAGACAGAGGGGACACCAGUGAAGACUUUCUAGAUGACUUUGAGAGUAUUGGAGAUGUGCUCAGUGAUGGGGACAUGCCUGACAACAGGACAGCUGACACCACUACCCAAACUCGUCUACACAGCUUUCUCAAUGAGACCAUCGACUGGGACAGUAUAGAUCUGGAAGGACAUAAAGAAGACAGCCCUAUGGAGGACUCCCAGGGACCACUAGUGUUGUCUCCAGAGCAAGGUGAUGUCCCACAGGCUUCAUCCGUUGAGCUGUCACCGUCCAACAGCUCUGGUGGAACUUACAUGUGGGACGAGGAGUGUCUUGAGCCUCUUGGGGGACCCGGGACUCAUCCAUUAGACAGCUAUGAAAAUUCAGAGCUCAACAGCAUGGAUAUCCUGAACAACCUGGACCCUCGGGGAACUGGAGAGCUGGAUGAUGACGACCUCAUGCUUGAUGUGGACCUGCCAGAGGAUGGCUUACAUGACGUUGGCAGGAUGUCUCACAUGGAGCGCUCCGAGAGGGCCGGUCGGCAGGGGCAGCGGCGGAAACACCACCGCUGGAGUGGACCUGAUCACUUCCACAGUGACAGCAGGGCCCAUGUCUUCCAGCACUAUGAUGGACUCAAGUCGUCCAGGAUCUCCUCACGCCCCCCCCACUCCGAAGGCAGGCAGCAUGACUACAUGGCGAUGCUGGAUGAAGUCACAGUCGAUCACAUGACUCAAGACUGUAGCUCGCUGAAGAACCAGCUGCUCAGGCUCAAAACUAUGUUACAGCUUGAGGAUACAGAUUCUCCAGCAGAUGCACCUGAGGAGAUUGAAGACAAUACCUCUGCAUCACAGUUGGUAGAGCUGAUAACGGAAGUGCAGGUGCUCAGAGAGGAGCUGAGGAGCCGAGACAAGACCAUCGCUCAGCUCACGUUGCAGUGUCACCAGCUGCAGCAGCAACAACUGCGGGAACAAAUGGCUGCUCAAGGACGUCAGGCCAGGUGUCAGUGCCACCACCAGAGGGCUCCCGCCUCGGUACGACAAAGCGACCGGCAGACGGACAAACGGACGCAGCAUCACUACGACAAGGCCACCCAGACCUACUGGAGACCCCCCAGCCACACUCCUCAAAUACUACAGCCUUUCAACCACUGCCACAACGAGCAACUCCACCAGGGAAGACUAGUAAAAACUCCCCCCACCGAGGGCCACAGUGAUCUCACAAGGAGCAGAUCAGUGGAAGGAACCUGUGUAGAUGCUGAUCGUCGCCUUGAAGGCCUUACAGCAGAUGUGACUCGCCCUGCAUUCCCAAACGGGCUCCUCAGCAACCACCUCCACUUUCCGGGCUCUGGGGCUCCGCGGGGGGGAACUGCUGGAGACAGUCCAACAUCAGCAGCUCUGUCUUCUGGGCAGCAUGAAGGAAGACCCCCCGCUGUGCUGCUGCAGGACUCCGUCGCUCCUAGAUCUGCUGGUCCUGCUUACCCUCGCCUGCUGCAGCCUCCUCGUCUUUACAAGCGCGUGUCUCUCCCUGCACUCAAGCCAGGGGGCGCCGUUGGCUUCGCCUCUCUGAAGCCAGGGUCUUCCUUGGGGCCUCUGGCGAACCGAACCAAGCAGCUGCCCCCUCCGUCUAGAGGCCUUCCCUGCUUCAGCGCCGGACCCCAGGUGCCGGCUCCAAGCCUCCGUCGCACUUCACUGCUUCAGCCUCGCAGAGCCUCGGACCCUUGCAGGGAUCCGCGGAUCAGCGACCCCCCCCCGGAGGAGCCGGACCAGGGGACGCUCAGAGACCCAGGGUCAGGAAAGCUCCUGAUCUCUUUGAGCCGAUCAUGCCUACCCAAGCCAAAGAUUCCCUGAGGAGCUAAAUCCACCCAUCAAAAGCUAAAACUGGAAUCAAUCUGACAUCGGUAUUCAUGCCCUUCUUCCCCUCGCCAUGGUAACAGUGAGAUUGUUUUACCUCUUGAGUGUCAAAGGAACAAACACCGAGCAAGCCGAUGAACCCAUAUGGACCGUUCAUGGACUGCGUGUGCCGGUGACAUUGGUACCGCGACUGCUGACAUUACCAUUUCUAAAUGAGCUUUCACAUCUCUAGCCUGAUCGAUAGAAAGGUAGUUUGUAGCAGGAUUGUAUCUCCACGACAAUCCUCAGUCCUAAAGGCAGUUUUCAGGAAGAAGAAAUGUCCAGUUUACUAGUUUUGCACAUGCUCAUGAAUGCUGCUUCUGCAAAAGCAAAAAAGAGUAUUAUCAUUCAGAGGGAGUCAGCCUUUAUUUUCUUUUGUUUUGUUUUCUAAAACCCGCUGGCCAUUACCACAUUUUAAAGUCUAAGUUCACUUGUCCACACACAGCUGUGGCCUCUGACACACAGGAGCGUUCGGUUUCCAAGCACCGAGGUGACAUGGACACGACCUUUGCCGUGUAAUGGAAGGCCCACGGCGAAGAUGGAGGGGGAAAAAAAACAAGAAGUGAGAAAGAAAGAAGAGAAAGGACAAAAGUACAAUAACACUGGAAGUGUAAUAAGGUGCCAGAGACUGAAAAGAAAAAUUGUCAAAGCUCCCUCGAGCCGUCACUGCAAAAAUGGAAAUGUGUUUGUGCAAAUAUGUGUGUGAGAGAUGAGAAAGAGAGGAGGGGGGGGCAAAGUGGAGAGAAGAUCCACUCCGCAGCUGCAUGCAUGUUUCUGUUCAGCUGAACUUCACCUCCACAUAUGAGCAAAGGGGUUGAAGGACCUUCUGUGUAAAUGCAUCCCAGAGGGAAAACAUGGUCCUAUAAAAAACUUAAAAAUCAAUAUCACACCGGUGGCCGAGAUAUAUUACGGACCGACAGUACACAAGUGAGGAGCCGGCUUUCAUAAUGUAGAAAAGAGCAGGUAUUGAAACACUCACACACUUAAAGUGAGCUCAGGUACAAAUAGGCUCACUCACACUCACACGAUGUGCUCACACUCCAAAGCGUGUGGUAUUUUGCUUUGUGCAUUUUUUAGAUGGAACACAGUGAGGAGAAGCAGGAGCAGCGUGCAAACAAGCUUGUCUAUCCUCCCGGGUGUUUAAGUGCUUUAGUGGACAAUCGCACCAGGAAAACAAAUCUGCGGGCGAUGUGAGGAAACGUCCACUUGUUUCCAGUCAAAAUAAAUUUGUUCUGAAAGUGCUGAGAACUUUUAGAGUUGGUUACAUCCGCUGCCUCGUUUCAAGACAUCACAAUUUGAUGCAACAAAAUUUGGAAAAGUCGAAGAAAAAUUUCCUAAUUGAUGUUUUUACGAGAACUUUUUUUUCCGAGUCAAUUAAAUAACUAAUCUUUGAACUAUCUCCUUUAAUGACUCACACACGGAAACAUCAGCUAACGGGAACUCAUUAGAUGUGUGAAGCUGCUGCCUGGUGUGUGCCUAUGUGUGUGUGUGUGAGCUGAUGUCGUUCCCCCCCCCCCACCCAUUCCCCUGUCUCUCUCCUCCUCUCGCUCUCCUGCACAUCUCUUUGGGAACAUCAAACGUAUUAGUGGGUUAUUUUUAGGUAGGGAGCCUUCGGGGCUUUACAGGUGUUUCUCUGGGACUUUUGUAGAAUGGAGUUUAUCUCUCCUGCGCGGAGGCCGUUCUGCAGUCAAACGCUCCCGAGAUGUCGCCUAUCGGAGAGCAGCAGUGUGUUAAAAAGGCCUUCUGACAGCAGCUCUGCUCUCUUCUCUGUCACGCCGCGUGACCGCUUGGUGUACGCCUCUGGCACUGUCCGGUCUACUGCGUCCGAUAAUGCACCCUACAUAGACAGAGAGAGACAGAGAGAGAGAGAGAGGGACACACACGCAUCACACACAUCCGGACACGCACACGUAAAGGAAGUCUGGCAAAACUCAAAGAGACAAAAACUCGGUGCGAGCACACGCAUCAGUUCACACAAACACAAACACACACACACUUUGAAGGCUGCACCAAAGGGCAUGGAAGUGUGUAAGUGUUGUUUUGGUAGCUCUCACAAAAUGAGUUUUUUUGCGAGUCCACAUUGAUCCAGUUCCCCCCUCCCAAAAAAAAGUCUUACUCUAGAUUACCCUGGAAAUAGGGAGAGGCUUUUGUGUGAGAGUGUUUGUUGAAUGUGCCUGUUUGUUUCCGAGCGUGGAUCCAUGCGGCUGAUAAAAAAACAUGUUUACCUGUUGUGCGGCUCAACAUUGUGCCAAAGCAUUCAGGCAGUCUGCACGGCUCCGGGAAGCCAAUAGAAAGAAUAAAAAUGUAAAAACAAACCCCCUAAUUUAUUUUAAUGAAACAGAUACGGAGACAGAAAGAUACAUUGAGAGGAUGAGGACGAAGACGCACAGCGAGAGACAAUAAGACGGAGCGGCAGGAGAGAGACGAGAUUAAGAGAUGUCGUGAUAAACUGGUGAGGGCGGCUGUGAUCAAGAUAAACUGGUUCUGGCAAUAGUUGUGACUGUUUGUCUAUAAAAUCUUGUGAAUGUGUGUAUAAGAGAGGAAGGAGGGUGGGGGGAGGGCGGUGGAAUACAUAGCAUAGUUUGUUUGUGUGCACUGUUGUCCAGGGAGAAGCCCAAUCGCCUCAGCUGUGUCACUCACUGCUUAGUAAUGCCAAACAGGAAAUCAAUGUUGCCUGCUGUGUGUGUGUGUGUGUGUGUUUAUCUGUCUGUGUGUACAUGUGUGUGUCUGUAUGUGCGUCUCUAGACACCUCUGGCUGCCAGUGUUUAAUUCUUGGACGUGUGUGUGUGUUUGUUGUGUGUGUGUGUGAGAGAGAGAGAGAGAUGUGGAUGCCCACAGGCCAAAGGCAGGCCCAUGCCAGGGAGAGCGGUGCAGUUCCAUCUUUCUAUUCCAGCGCUGUAUCCCACCCCCCUCCCAGUCUCCUAAUCAAUGUCCCUGCUCAGUUUAGCAGUCGAGACAAUCAGUCGUGCUGACGCUGUAACAAAACAACCUCAACUGAGCUGGAAACUCUCCGAACCAACUCGGAUCAAUUCGAACACUGGUCUGUGAUUCACUGUGAGACUCACGGAUUAUUCAGCUGCAUCACACAUCAGGAACAACAUGCAGCCAAAGGGGCCGUGUUGUUCCAUGUUGUCCCUGAAUGGCAAAGAUGAAUCCGUUUUUCUUGCAAUGCAUUGAUACACUACUUGAAUUGAGAGAAGGAAAUCCAGCGAUAAGUAGACUAGAUAUAAGAGUUAAUGCAAAAUACAGGUAGUUGCAUGUUUGCUAAUUGCAAUUUUCCGAGAGAGCACAUACCUUCCGCCAAGGCUGAUUGGCCACUUCAUCAUCAUGUAACAUGUACAUGUUUUGAGACCAGAUACGUGUGCAUCAUCAUCCAAAUCCACACCAACAUGCACCUGUUCAUUGAUAUGAGCACUCGACUCAUUUCCCUAAUUUCUCCCUGAGCCCCCUUCUGAAUUCAGGUCCUGAUGAGUGGGAGGGAGUCGGAGGAUGCUUCUGUAAUUUCUUUGAUUGAAUAACUAAAUCUAAAACAUUUCUAGAGCUUAAAGCGAAAUGUUCUCUUAAUGUUUACAUUCAAUUGAUGAGGUUUAAGUCUUCAGACAGAAGUGCUAUGAAGGGUAAUCUCACUUUUGCCAAGACCUAACAGUUAGGUGAAAUUCAAUCAAGCUGCACCAAAAUGUGCAUAGAGUCCUUUAAAUAUACCUGAUUCUGGAUUAUAAGUUUACAAAAUGUGGAAAUAUAUAUAAAUAUCUGUCCUCACCCAUUAACCUUAAGUUUACAGACAGUUUUUGCGUAAAGUAGUAAAAACAGAGACGUACAAACGAUGAAUCUGCAUUUUUUUUGUGCUCUUUAAUUGAUGUAAGCUCCUGUUUCUAACAUGACUGAAAAUCAACGUCUUAAGCUGAUCUUUAAAAGCAGCAGCAGCGGCAGCAACAUGUUGUUUCUGAGCUGCCUCCUUCUCCUGAUGAUGGUUACAUUUCAAAGUAAAAGCUUGAAACUGCAGAUCUGCCUCUGUUCAUUUCUGAACUAACUCUUCUCUCGUUCUUCACUUGUUGUUCAGUUGCAUCACUUCACAUCGUCGUCACGGCUGAAUUUCCACCGUGACGUGUAAAGUGUUUGCAGAUGAAGCUCAUAUUUAAGCAAAGCUGUUCAUAUCUUCAUCUAUUUAUCACUACAUCAUCUCCAGUAUCAGCUGCUUCCAGAUGUUAUCCACUGUCUCCACAAUAGUGUGCAAUAUUGUUUGAAGCAAAAAGACGAGGGAGCACUACUCUUUAUUUUAGUGACCUAAUAUGCAAAUGAAAAAAAGCCAAUAAAGCUUUUUUUCAAAUCUUCAGAUCUGAAGCACUUUAAAUUAUAUUAGUUUUGAAGGCAAAAUAUAUUUGAUUCUCAAUUUAGAAACUACUUCUUCAUUUGAUUUUACACUCACCUGCUUGGGUUUCUCUUACUGGUUCUCGUGUGUCUCUCUCUGCAGUGGAAAUCACAGCUCUGCAGGAAGAGGAAACCUUUCACUGUCUUUCUUUAACAGGUUGUUUCCAUCAUGUUUGCACGUUUGACCAAUAACCUCCCGGCUUGUGUCGCCCCACAUGUUUCACUGUGGGUCGGAGUGGACACGUCAAACGUCAUUGACACACAGGAGAUUAGGACGCUGCUGCUGUGACAGGUACAACGUUCACAGUUCUCAGUGCUGCUCACGGGUCAGAGACACUUUAACCCAAAACAUAAAGCUGCUGAUCUCAGUUUAACUCGAGACAGAGACAUCGUUCUCUGUUGGUUGUCCUGGUUUUCAGUGUGGCUGCAUUUCUGUUGAAAUAAAGUAUGAUUGUGAAACUAA